AAUGCAACGUCAUGUUAUCAGAAAUUGAUUUGUUGACAACCAAAUCACAAUCAACUAAACAAUAAUGCAAAAAAAAUGUAGAAUUUUAGAGCACUUUAGACAUUGUCAGAUGCAGAUCUAAGUGAAAGUAAAGUUGGUCGGUCCAUUUCAUUUCAACCCACACCCUGCCCACAUUCAAUUACCCUUUUCCACUCUCCAGUGAAAACCCAAAGUGCUAAACCAAAAGAAAUGGCUGAUCUUGAUUCAACCACUCCUCAAGGCUCCGCCGUAGCGAUGGAGUCCCACCAGACCCCGGCCCAAACCCAAGUAGACGAUGCCGCCUCCAAACUCAAAGAUCUCACCCUCCGAAUUUGGCCCCCCACCCAACGAACCCGCGACGCCGUCAUCAACCGUCUCGUCGAGACGCUGUCGUCCCAAUCCGUCCUUUCCAAACGCUAUGGAACUAUCCCCGAGGAGGAGGCCUCCGCGGCGGCCAAGUCAAUCGAAGUGGAGGCUUUCUCGGUCGCCGGAGCAUCGUUCUCUGCCGACGACGACGGCAUCGAGACCCUUCAGGCGUAUUCCAAAGAGAUCAGCAAGCGUAUGCUCAAUACUGUCAAAGCUCGAGCUGCUGCUGCCACCGCCGACGCUCCAUCAGGUUCGGCGGAGGUAGACUCAUGUAAUUCGGGAGCUGCGGGUGGUGAGGGGAUUUCGUCCUUAACCGUAAAGGCUGAGGCUUGAGUUUGAGGAUUCUUAUGGUUUUUUUUUUUUGUUUAGCUUGAUAAUUGGUAUUGAUAGGGUUUUUUUUUGGAGAUCUGUUUCUAGUUUCUACUGAUUAUGGAUAUUUCGGGAUGCUUAAUUACUUAUAUAUCAUGAUAAUAAUAUCUGUAAUAAUAUUUAUUAA